AUGGCUGACCACAAUUCAAACACUCCACCCUCAGGGACCGGAGCCUCUCAUGAAACUCACCAGCAACAGCAGCCGCCUUCUGGAGACCAGCAUAGCAAUCAGCCUCCCAAAGAGCCGUCAGCUGCCAAUUCAGCAGCACACAUGAGCUCAGAAGAGGCAACAAAUCAAGCAGCUCUCGAUGACCUCAGACAGCAUGGCACUCAGAUGAGCAAGGCGGAGAGAAAGCAAGCAGAGGAUUACAUGAGGGCGAAAUACGGGGCCACAAACCCUGAGCCGCCAGCUGAUGAGGCGCGGUAG